AUCCCUCCUCUGUUACAGAACCCUAAUUUCAUUCCCCUUACUUUCUAUGCUUCUUCUCCUUUCCCAAUCUCUAGGGUUUAGUGGUUGACCCCAAAUCCCUUCCUCCAAUGGGCGCCGUCGCCGUUAAUCGCAAGCGCACGGAAGAUUCCUUCGACUUCAAUCAACAAUCCCCAUGCCCAGCUUCGAAGAAACGCAGAUUCUCCUUCGGAAUCACCUCUCCAGAUUCCAAUAAGCCGUAUUCGUCCGCAAUCUCGAGGAUUUCGAGGUAUCCUGAUGCGAAGGCUCCUCUUAGACGAGAGAUUCACGCCCCCAGCAGAGCCAAUCUCAGAUACGGUUUACCCAAACCCAAACCCUACGAUGAUGCCAAGAGAAGAGCUUUCGAUGCGUUGAGGUUCUUUAGCAAAGAUAACAAAAGAAUUAUUGAUUUGGGAGAGGAUAAAGAGGUUCCUGUGAAUGUAAAGGGAGCAGUUUCCGAAGUUUCAAGCGUUGAAGUUGUUGAUUGUGAUCUUGAGGAGGAGGAGGAGAAGAAGAAUGCUCAUGUUGAACCUCCUCCUUCAAGCUUGAGAAGAGUUGAUGAUGACACUACUAGUUCCAUGUCUUUAGCUAGACAAGAGGCUGCUUCCAGCCUCGAAGCCUAUAAGAAGCUUUUGCAGAGCGCAGAGAGGAGGAACUCAAAGUUGGAAGCUUUGGGAUUUGAGAUUUUGUUCAAUGAGAAGAAGUUGUCACAGCUUCGCCAGUCUCGUCCAAAGCCUGUCGAGAAGGCUCUCAAGGUGCCUGAUGAACCUUUUAUACCUCUCACAGAGGAAGAGGAGGCUCAAGUCUACUGUGCCUUUUCUGCUAAAAAUAGAAGGAAAGUAUUGGUUACUCAUGCGAAUUCAAACAUUGAUAUUACUGGAGAAGUUCUACAAUGCCUUACACCAUCUGCAUGGCUAAACGACGAGGUUAUCAAUGUCUAUCUCGAACUACUCAAAGAAAGAGAAACUAGAGAGCCCAAAAAGUAUUUGAAGUGUCAUUUCUUCAAUACCUUUUUCUACAAAAAGCUGGUAAGCGACUCUGGUUAUAACUAUAAAGCUGUUAGGAGAUGGACUACGCAGAGAAAGCUGGGAUAUGCUCUUAUUGACUGUGACAUGAUAUUUGUUCCCAUCCACAGGGGUGUGCAUUGGACCUUGGCAGUUAUUAACAAUAGGGAUCGCAAGUUCUUGUAUCUCGAUUCACUAAAUGGAGUUGAUUCCAAGAUUUUGAAUGCUCUGGCAAAAUAUUUGGGCGAUGAAGCUAAGGAAAAAAGUGGAAAAGACGUUGAUGUUAGUUCGUGGGAUAUGGAAUUUGUUGAAGACCUUCCCCAACAACAAAAUGGGUAUGACUGUGGAAUGUUUAUGCUUAAGUACAUCGACUUUUUCAGUAGAGGGCUGGGGCUAUAUUUCAGCCAGGAACAUAUGCCAUACUUCCGGCUAAGAACGGCUAAAGAGAUUCUGAGACUACGUGCUGACUGAAGUUACAUUGGGGCUAUAUAUUAUGCAUGUCGAAUUUUAGGAGUGCUGUUUUGCUGAUUUGCUGAAGCUUUUAAAUUUUCUACCCCUUUAAGGCAGUAAAGCAUUCAGCUUCAGAGGCAGAGGCAAACACUGAGCCAAGCCACAAAGCCCUUAGUCUUUUGUUUUCUUUUUGUUAAAAUUGUAGAUGAAGCUGAUAUAAUGAAACCUUAGUUGUUUGUAAUGAACUGGUCCAGUUUUCCCCCUCUGUAUGCUUCCUAUUUUCGGGAUAUGUCAGUCAACAAGGUACUACAUCAAUUAAGAGAAAUAAUCUUGAAAGUGUUGAC